UAGGUUGAAAGAAAGAGAAGAAAGGAAAGCAGAUGUGCAGACGACCACAACAACUAGGGUUUGUUCUAGAUUUUAGACAUCAUUUCUCAGCCUUCACUCUCUCUCUCUCUCUCUCUCUCUCCUGCAACUUCUUUUCUUUGGCUUGUUAAGUUCACGAGGGAGACGAUGAAGUCAUGAAAAGCGGUUUUGCGAAACUGCCAAUGGGAUCUCGUCACUUGAUUAUUUUCUGUCUUCUGGUUUUCCUUCCUCUCGGGAAACCGGAUCUUGCGUCAGACCGAGCUGCGCUCAUUGCGCUCCGAUCGGCUGUUGGCGGGAGGUCUCUUCUCUGGAACACUAACCAACAGUCGCCGUGUGCAUGGGCUGGCAUUCAGUGCGAAAAUAACCGUGUCACUACGGUGCGUCUUCCCGGCACGGGACUUACCGGCCGAAUCCCUGUCGGGAUCUUUGGAAAUCUGACGAAGCUUCAUACGCUUAGCUUCCGGUUUAAUGCUCUCACCGGUCCGUUGCCAUCGGAUCUCGCUGCAUGCACGGACCUCCGCAAUGUCUAUUUGCAGGGUAACUUGUUCUCUGGUGAGAUCCCGUCGUUCUUGUUCGGGCUUAAGAAUCUUGUUCGGCUGAACCUUGCAUCGAACAAGUUCUCCGGGGAGAUCUCUCCGUCUUUCAACAAUCUCACUAGGUUGGCGACUCUGUAUUUGGAGAAAAAUCAGUUGAAUGGUUCGUUACCGGAGCUGAACCUUACGAAUCUUGUACAGUUCAAUGUUUCGUUCAAUCAAUUGAACGGUUCGAUUCCAAAGGAACUCCAGAAGUUUACGACUAGUUCAUUUCUAAGCACUUCGCUGUGCGGUUCACCGCUUAGCCCUUGUCCCGGCGAACCAACGCCGUCGACAAACACAGAAAACAACGGUGGUGCCAACAACAGUGACAAUGGCGGGAAGAAGAAGAAGAAGAAGCUGUCUGGAGGAGCUAUUGCAGGAAUUGCGAUCGGGUCGGUGUUUGCAUUCCUAUUGAUUCUUCUCAUUUUGUUCUUUCUGUGCGGAAAGAAGAAAACUAGGAAAACGAACGACAUUGCAACGGCGAAGCAGCUCCCGUCGGAUGUAGAGAUUCCCCGCGAGAAACAUAUCAGAGAGGGAGACAAUGGCACUCUGAACAGCGGAGGAUAUUCGGGCGCAGCGACAGCGGCUGCGACGGCAGUGUCAGCAUCCAAAGCGACAGACCUUAACGCCAGUACUGGGGACAAGAAGCUCUUUUUCUUUGGAAAUGCGGGCAAGGUUUUCGAUCUGGAGGAUCUUUUGAGGGCUUCAGCUGAGGUGCUGGGGAAAGGAACGUUUGGAACGGCCUAUAAGGCAGUUUUGGAGGUUGGAACGGUUGUAGCUGUGAAGAGGUUGAAAGAUGUUAGCAUUUCGGAGAGGGAAUUCAGGGAGAAGAUCGACGCCGUUGGAUCGAUGGAUCACGAAAAUUUAGUCCCGCUUAGAGCCUACUAUUACAGCAAGGAUGAGAAGCUCCUUGUCUAUGAUUACAUGCCCAAUGGAAGCUUAUCUGCACUUUUGCAUGGAAACAGAGGAUCAGGUAGGACUCCAUUGAACUGGGAAACCAGAUCAGGCAUUGCCCUUGGAGCUGCUCGCGGCGUCGAAUACCUCCAUUCAAAGGGACCCAAUGUCUCACAUGGAAACAUCAAGUCAUCCAAUGUCCUCCUUGGCAAGUCCUAUGAUGCCCGGGUCUCCGACUUUGGUCUUGCUCAGAUUGUUGGCCCCACCUCCACUCCUAACCGCAUUGCUGGUUACCGUGCACCAGAGGUAACAGAUGGCCGGAAGGUCUCACAGAAGGCUGAUGUAUACAGCUUUGGAGUGCUGCUUUUGGAGCUGUUGACUGGAAAGGCCCCCACACAUUCCCUAUUGAACGAAGAGGGAGUUGACCUACCAAGAUGGGUGCAAUCAGUGGUCCGAGAGGAAUGGACAUCAGAGGUGUUCGACCUUGAGCUCCUGAGAUACCAGAACGUUGAGGAAGAGAUGGUUCAGCUCCUACAACUUGCGAUAGACUGUUGCGCUCAAUACCCUGACAAGCGCCCCUCAAUGCCUGAGGUGACCAAGCGGAUUGAGGAUAUCAGGGGAUCCAGCCUAAGGCAUGACCAAGAUCCCCAGCCUGAUGUAGUAGAUGAGGAGGAUGCGUCAUCUAGACGGACCAACUCAAUUGGAUCAGGCCCAGCAGCAUCUUCACUUAUGGAUUGAAGAUGAAUUAUAGUCAUUCAUUAUGCCCACUUUAGAAUAUGUCAUCUGGUGUUUUUCCUUGUUUGUUGGAUCAGGGUAUUGGAUGGGCGCUCAUCUUCUUUAUUAAGAAUCAAACUGUGUAUUUUUUUCCCCUUUCUUCCCAUUAGCAGGUAGCUCUUUCUUCAUUAAAUUCACCUUUAUAUAUGGUUGGGGCCUUGGGGGGGUUUCAAUGUUGUUUUACAUCUUUUCUUCGGAGAAUAACUGUGUAUUGGUUCUUGUUGGUGGGGGCACGGUGGUUGUUGUAAUUACUUUUGCUUUUGCUUUUCAAGGCAACUUUUGAUUUGUUUAUAUUGAGAAAUUUCAGUUGCUAGAA